GAGGUGGUGGCAUCACUCUCCCUCCAAGGUGGGAGAUGUACCCACCUGAAUGCACCCCUGGGCUCUGGGACUUCACUGGCUUCAGACAACAAAUUUGCUGGUUGGAGUGGGAGUGGAGACCCUGCAGCGCGGGCAGUUCCAGAGCCUGGCUGUCUACCUGCUUUUCUCAGGGGCAGCGGUUUCCAUCUGUGAAGUCUCCUUCUUCGUCAGCCUGCUCCUGGGCAUGUGUAUCACCUACCAGCCGGGCUCCCUGGCACACGCCUUCUGGAAGCGAAGCACCCAGCCAGCGAGCUUCCAGAAAUUCCUGGGUUACAUGCUGCUCUCGGUAGCCUGCUUCCUGCAUCCUGUCCUGGUCUGGCACGUCACCAUCCCCGGCUCCAUGCUGGUGCUGACCGGCUUGGCCUACUUCCUGCUGAGCAAGCGGAAGAAGAGCCCGGUGCACGGGGAGGUGCGGGGACCACUGGAGCAGUAUGUGGACCCCUGUGCCAUGGCUGCCACCUCCAUGGGCUGUGGCGACACCGAGCAGACCUUCACCUUCCCUGGAGGGCGCCGAGAGCAGCGCGCCUCCCUGCUCAACCACAUGAAGAGCAUCCUGAAGGGCAGCAAGGACAAGGGUGCUGGAUGGCCAGCCGAGCCCACCCCAUCCCCACCCACCACCACCCUGCCCACCCUGGCCCCAGGCAAGCAGGUGCACUUCCAAGAGAAGCUGGUGAGGAUCAUCCCCUCCAUCAGCGAGAGCCCAGACGAGGCGGAGAGCGAGGCCGAGGAGACUACAUCCGACACAGCCCCAAUCCUCGGGCCCACGGAGACCCCGCUCCUCGUCACGCCCCUCAGUGCCACAGGCCUGUUCUGAGCGCCCGCCCUCCUCGCCUGCAGCCUGGGGUGAGUGGCAACAGCUUGCAGCUCCCCACCUGCUGGCCUGGGACCUGGCUUCAGGACUCGGCUUCCCUCGCCCAGGCGCCAAGGGAAGAGCCGACCUAUCUGGAGCAGGGCAGCCCCUGCAAGGUGGGGUCCUGGUGCCCGGGAGCCCA